AGUGGGGAGGGAAGCCAGUCUUUGAUCAGGCUUAACUUGCAACCCAGGUCUUUGACAUCUGAAGGCGAAGCUGAAAGGAUCUGAACAGAAAAGCAGCCUCUAAAAGAGAGAGAGAAAGUGGAUGUGUUUGGGAAAAAGAGAGGAGAGGUGGGAGGAAGAGAGCAGGGAACGGUGAGAAUUCAUGCUGUGUUAGCAUCCCCUCAGCAACUCCAUCAAUACUGCAUACAGCUGAGAAACUGGCAAAGGUCCUCCGUGCUGCAUUCGCAGGCUCGACCAGCCAAAGAGAACAACUCCCACGACCGGUCGGUUGAGUGUGUAAGUGGAGGGGGCUCCGGAGGGGCACAGGCACACUGACACACACAGCCGGACCUCUGCUGCACCAGUACGGAGAAGAGGAGAGCGGAGGAGGGCACAGAGGAGCAAACACUGACCGGGAAUACUCCAGCGAAGACAGCCAAUCCCGGAGAGGGACGGGUCUGUGGGGGGACUGGGGCUAAUAUGCUACCGUGCUCCGCAGGAGAAGCUGAGCACCAGGGAGUCUGACAGAACCUCAGUGCACCUGCCUGCUCCAUGCGACCUGGCUUUGAUUAUGUGGAGAAGCUGACGUGUGCGAUGGCCAGCGUGGACCUGCAGGUUUUCAUACCUCCAGUUCUGUGUUCUCGUUACCUCCCGACCAGGCAACCCACCCCCGGGGUCUGACCGCGCCUCCCCUCCCUCUCUCCCCCCUCCCUCUCCCUGGGUGUCCCUCAAUCCUGGGCCCAUCAUGGGAGGAUGCUUCUCCAAACCCAAACCAGUUGAAGUUAAAGUGGAACUCUCUCUCCUGGAAAAAGAAAAAGAGGUGGAUGGGCUGUCACCGAAUGGCAAAGCGAGCCCCUUCGCAGACUGCAGACCUAACGGGGCGCUCGGACAUGGCUCUGAUGAUGACUCCACCCCCCUCCCCCUCUACCACAAACCACGGGACUACGUGGAGGCCUCAGUCUGUCAUGUUAAGGACCUGGAAAAUGGACAGAUGCGAGAGGUCGACUUGGGAAGUGGCAGAGCUUUGUUGAUCAAAGAACACGGGGAGUUUUCAGCCAUGGGACACAAAUGUCCUCAUUACGGAGCGCCCUUGGUCAAAGGUGUACUGUCAAAAGGACACGUUCGCUGUCCCUGGCACGGUGCAUGUUUCAACAUUGCAACUGGAGACAUUGAGGACUUCCCUGGGUUGGACAGUCUGCCUAUUUUCCAGGUCAGAGUUGAAAAGGACAAGGUGAUCAUUCGUGCAAACAAGCAGGCUCUUCAGUUGCAGAAAAGAUCAAAGCCCAUGGGCCGAUGUUCAGCAGUCAUAAACUCUAGCACAGGCUUCAGCCAUGUUCUCAUCAUUGGCUCAGGUCCAGCAGGUCUGGUGUGUGCAGAGACGCUGAGGCAAGAGGGCUUCACUGAUCGCAUCGUCAUGUGCACCAUGGACCGACAUCCCCCGUAUGACAGGCCUAAACUGAGUAAGUCCUUAGACAGUACAGCAGAGCAGCUAAGACUUCGCUCCAUCGAAUUUCUCCAGGAUCAUGACAUCGAACUCCUCACGGAGAAAGAGGUUGUGGCUGUAGAUGUUAAAACGCGGUCUGUGACCUUUGAGGAUGGAUUAAGGAUGGAGUACAGGAAGCUUUUUAUUGCUACAGGAAGCAAACCCAAACCAAUGAACUAUAAGGGCAAAGACAUCUUGAACGUCUUUCACCUCCGGACCCCUGAAGAUGCGAACAGCAUAGCGAGGCUGGCUAACAACAAGAAUGCUGUAAUUGUGGGAACAUCAUUCGUUGGUAUGGAGGUGGCUGCGGCUCUUACUGACAAGGCCCACUCUGUCUCUGUCAUUGGGAUUGAGUCAGUCCCCUUUAAAAAAGCUCUCGGGGAGAAAGUAGGGAAAGCCAUAAUGAAGCUGUUUGAGGCAAACAGGGUGAAAUUCUACAUGCUUAACGAGGUGUCGGAGAUGAUAGGCCUUCAUGGACAGCUGAAAGAGGUGGUACUGAAAAGUGGAAAAGUACUGCGGGCUGAUGUGUGCGUCAUUGGAACAGGAUGUGUCCCUGCAACAGGCUUCUUAAAACAAAGUGGCAUUCACAUGGACUCCAAGGGCUUCAUCACUGUCAACAAGACGAUGCAGACAAAUGUCGAUGGUGUCUUCGCUGGAGGAGAUGUGGUGAUGUUUCCUUUCCCACCACGUAACAAUAAGAAGGUGAACAUCCCUCACUGGCAAAUGGCUCAUGUACACGGGAGAGUGGCAGCUCUCAGUAUGAUGGGGCAAGCCACUGAGAUUAAAACUGUGCCUUACUUCUGGUCAGCCAUGUUUGGGAAGACCAUUCGCUAUGCAGGUUAUGGUGAUGGAUUUGACGAUGUCAUUAUUCAAGGAGAUCUGGAUGAACUGCGAUUUGUGGCAUUUUAUACCAGGAGUGAGGAGGUGGUUGCAGUUGCCAGCAUGAACUAUGAUCCUAUUGUAUCCCGAGUGGCAGAGGUCUUAGGAUCCGGAAAGACGAUUAAGAAACGAGAUGUGGAGAUGUUAGCACGACUUGGCAAGACCGGAGACAUUUCUUGGUUGAUCGAUAAAGGCUCUCAAUGACUUCCUGUCUGAAGGGCCAAACGACAGAUCCCAAAGUCUAUUGGACACCUCAAUAUGGACACUUAUGGUGCUGAGACACUGAGCAGCUAUCCAGAUACAAACACACCGGGAACAGAGGAGGAGGAGGAGCAUGUCUGUCUCCAAUUGGGACGUACUUCACUGAGGACGACACUCGCCUCCUGAAAGACACUUUGACGUAACAAACCAAGCCAUGCACAGUCUGAACACACUCAUACAUCGUGUUCGCAGGUCCUUUGUUACAAUGUUGUUGUGUUUCACAACAAAGCAAUACUGGAUUCAGCCUCUGUGUUGCUGCAAGAUGUAUCUACCUGUAAACUUUGUUUAUAAGAAGCCAGGGAUGGGCAUUGGCAUUUUUGUACAAUUAACAUUGUAUAUAGUUAUAAUCCUGAAUGCACUGUAACAAAAUAAGACAUACAAUUUGAAUUUUUCUAAGUUUUAAACAAUGUAUUUGGUUGUGUGCUUGCAUACAGAAAAACAGGCCCUAGAUCUGCAUGGUAUUACUUACUCUAACAGAAGUUAAAAAUAUAACCCCUAAAUAUAGAUUUUCCAAACUAGAUGCAUCAGCAAAUGAAUCUUAAAACAGCAAAUGAGAAAAUUACACACAUUACCUGAAUGCAACUUUAACCGACACACUAACGCAGCUUUAAUUCACAAUAAAUGAAGUACUAUUUUUAGGAUUACAACAUACCUCUUAUUAUCGGUUGCCUUGCUAAUAGAUUGCAGAAAUGAAAUUCAAAUUAUGCUUUGAUUGCUAUCACAAUAGAGUCAUGUAUUUUCUAACAAAUAGAUAUCGCUCCAUUACAUGAAUGCAAUGGUAGUUAAAGGUUAUUUUUGAUAGCCAUCACUUCCAUGUGGAUAUUCUUUGUUACUAACUCAGGGAACUGAGGUUUGUGGCCAGGGUUAAUGGGGUUACCAAAUGAUGUUUUGUUUCUUUGAUAUUUUUCCCAGUUAUUGUAAUUUCACUGGAUCUCUCGUUUCCAUUCAGAAAUGCUUGUACUGUGCUUCAGAGUAAAGCAUAUGCUUAAUUAAAUCCUGGUGUGCUGAAGAUCUCACAAUACUUGAGCCCUGUCACAUAAGUUAACAGAGAAUUUUAAAAAGCAUUGUUCUACCUACAGAGAAGCCUUGAAAUGGCAUUUUUAUAACUAAAACUUUGAAAUAAAAGUCUUCCAACAAUACCUAUUCGCUGUUGUUUUAACAUGUUGUUUGCAUGGUUACCACUUUAUUACCCAGAGAAAACACAAAAAGUAGUAAGUAGAAAAUGUUUAAUAAGUUUAAAGAAUUGACAAAGCACCGUUUACAGGACAGAUUUCAUUCUUUAGUCAGGAUUACUUACCAAAAACCAAACAAACAGACAAAAAGUCAAGAGAGGUUUCUUGAAAUCACACAGUAUUAAUAUUUGAAAAAAAAUUAAUAAAACAUAAUGCCUACACAAUGUAUAAUUAAAAAAUCUAAACAAAAAUCACUAAACCAGAAAUAAUUCCCUAAUGAGGACAAGGAGGAGGGGGAAGACAAUAGGACGAGGCAUCUAAUACACUCAAUUCACACUGAGAUUGUUCACAAUAAUAUUGCAAACAGCCCGGAGAGGUUUUCUAUUAGAACAACUGGGUAAAAAGUACCUCAAAGACACCUGUUGAGACCAAUAAAUAUACCAACAAACACUGGAGUGAUGGCUUCACAUUGUAUUAUAGUCACAAACAUUUGAUCUAAUGACAAUAUAUAAUGAUACAUUAUCAUAAACUCAACCAGGAGACACAUCAGUGCAAUGACAGACUCCCUCCAGUUUAACUAUACUGUCCGAUUAAAGUAUGUGAAGCAUUUAUUGUGCUAUGUGUAAAUACUAUCUGAAGACAGUCUAGAAACUGGCCUAAAGGCUGUGUUUUAAGUAAAUCAAACCGACUCUUUGGAGGAAAUGAGAAACUUAUGGUCACUGUGUUAUUGGUAUGAAAAGUUAAAAAGUCCAAUGACCAUAAUACCCCAGUUAUCACAACACUGUUCACUGGAGUAAUAAAAACCUUCAGCAUUGAAACACAUUCUAUGGGCUGGACAUUCUGCCGUCGAUUAAAAACAUGACAGACUCACAGCUACAUUGAAAUUUGAGGAGAGCAUCAUGAAAACAAUAACUGGCUUUUUUUUAAUCAUUAAAACAGUUUUGCCAAUAGAAAAAAAGCUGCAAGUUACCCUUGAAGAAAUUAAGAAAAGUCAUUUGUAAACACAUUCAUGUACUAUAAAGAUU